GAGGAAGAGAUCGAGUACAUCGACUUCAAGAAACCCGAGGAACCCAUUUCAGGAGAGCUUGACAAUGACCAGGCAGACCUGUACGCCGAAGCACUUCGCCGCUAUCCCAACGAUGAAUCAAUCGACCAGAUCGAUGAGAAGAGACUGAAGCGCAAGCUUGACACACGUAUCUUGCCACUGCUGGGUGUAUGCUACUUUUUCUACACAACCCUUUCCUAUGCGGCGAUCUUUGGCAUCAAGAAAGAUCUGAGUCUGACGGGCGAGGAGUAUUCAUGGCUCUCGAGCAUAUUCUACUUUGGCUGGCUAGUAUGGGCGAUUCCUUCCAACCUGAUCAUGCAAAGAUGUCGACCUGGAUGGUAUCUGUCAUUCAACAUCUUCUUCUGGGGCGCUCUUCUCAUGUGUCAGGCUGCUGCAAACAACUUUGCGGCUUUGGCGGCAUUGCGUAUCCUGUCUGGAGCUUUCGAAGCGAUUGCAGAUCCGGCGUUCAUGCUCAUUACGUCUAUGUACUAUACCCGUGAGGAGCAGCCAUCUCGAAUCGCGGCUUGGUAUGUGUGGAAUGGUGUAGGAGUUGCUGGAGGUGAUNAUGGCAUCGGCAACAUCAAUGGUGCUCUCGCUUCCUGGCGCUAUGAGUUCUUGAUCGUCGGCGCAUUCUGCUCAGCGUGGGCAAUUGUUCUCUGUUUGCUUCUUCCCAACUCGCCUACAACUUUCAAGGGAUUCUCCCAUGAUGAGAAGUUGAUCAUGAUCGCACGCAUGCGUCGCAACCAGACCGGUGUCGAGCAGAAACGUAUCAACUGGGACCAAAUCAAGGAGGCUUACCUGGACUACAAGACAUGGCUCUUUACUCUGCUUGGUUUCGUGUCGAACAUUCCUAAUGGAGGUGAGCAUCCGACGUUCACAGCCAAANGUAUCAGUAAUUUUAGCACUUUGGUCAUCAAGGGCCUAGGAUUUGACACCCUACACACGGCAUUGCUAGGUAUCCCUCAGGGAGCUUUAGUCGUCAUCUGGAUCGGUCUUGGUGCUGUGGCAAACAAAUACUUGCCCAAGAACAGUCGUACAAUUGUUUGCGCAAUCUUCAUGCUGCCAACGAUCGCCGGCGCUUUAGGCUUCUUGUUGGCACCUGACACUGCCUAUGUUGGCCGAUUGAUCUGCNUUGUCGACUUUAGCUACUUGACUGGCUCAUACCAAGCAUCUUUCGUACUCUCUCUGUCACUUGUGACCAGCAAUACGGGCGGCCAAUCGAAGAAGAUGAUAGUGUCCGGAAUGAUCUGGUUCGGUGCAUGCCUCGGAAACAUUGCGAGUCCGUUCUUCUACAGACAGGAGCAGGCGCCCUCAUACCCUUUGGGCAUUGGUUCUCUCUUGACGGCGAACUGCAUUGAAUUCUUACUGUUCGGAGUGUUCAGAUAUGUUUUCAUCUGGGAAAACAAGCGCAAGGAGAAGAUCAGACUUCGCAUGCGUGAGAGUGGUGAAGCUGCUGCGUUGAACGACACGGCGUUCAGCAACAUGACGGACAAACAGAACCCCAACUUCGAGUAUGUUUAUUAG